AUGCAAGUGUUUCGGACUAUUGCAGCAAGUGGGCUCCUCUGACGAUAACGCUCACCUUACCUUCGCGCAGUCGUUCUCACUGACGACGUUCUCCCCGUCGGGCAAGCUCAUUCAAAUCGAACAUGCACUCGCUGCCGUCGGGCAAGGCACUACAAGCUUAGGCAUCAAGGGUAAGAGUCGAAGCUGAAGAGAAGUAGCUCGCGGGUGUCCGCCCACACAAUCGAAAGGAGCAGCGUCCGUCGACGUCACCCUCGUCGUUGCCGGCGUCGUCAUCGUCUUCACCCGCCUCGACCCUCGUCCGCGAUCAAUAACAUGGCCGGCAGUUUUGACGACGGCCUAUCAUCUCUUUAGUUGA